ACGUGGAAAAUACUUACCAUGAACAUCCGAACGAGGAAGUACACGGGAAAAAUACACACAAAGAAAGAUGGCAUCGCAUCAUAUGCAUUAGCUAGUGCGCAUGCAUUAACGCAUGCAAAGCGUAGUGAGCAAAUAUAAAACACUAAGCCCGCGUGAUUUACCACAGUCAUAUAUUGUUAAAUUUUAAUGUGGAAAUGAGAAGUAAUGCGUAUCACAUGAAAAAGAUAUCGUACAAUUUACAUUUAAAAAAUGUUACGAAUAUUUUGCCUAGUUUGUUUUUAAACUGAAAUUAAUACUUCGAUUUUAUUUUCGACUUUUAAAUUUAAUCCAAAAAUUAUGUGAGACUAUGGUAAAAUCUCAUUCAACAUGGCUGCCUCCACAAAGUAUUUUUCUGUCCAUACUGUAGUGACAGUGACACGUUAAGUCACGAAGAGGUCAAUAUUUUCAGGUUGGCACGUGAGAAAGUGAUCAACAGAUUUUCUGUGUUUCAAGCCAUGUCUUCGUAACAACUAUGAGGUAUGACAACUCCAAAAGAAAUCUCACAAAAUGGGUUAAUAAAUAGUAACAACUGCAGUGGCCUUACAGGGAAGACUGAUAAACAGAGUGUAAAUCUGCCAGAAGAGGAUUUUAUCCGCCCUCGGAAGAUUCCUCACCAGAACAUAGUGUACCGACUUUUCCACCGGCAAACCCAUCGUUGUAAACCAGGCACUCAAUUCCAUGUCGCCAGGUCCUUUCACCAAAACGUGUUUCCCGGGUUCACUGUUGUGAAUGUUGAGAAACCGCCCUGCUUCCUACGGAAGUUCUCUCCAGACGGGAAGUACUUCAUUGCCUUUUCUGCUGACCAGACAUCUCUAGAGAUUUACAGAUUCCAGGGGCCGGCUGCCGCGUGUGAUCUAUUGCAGAGGAUAAGCAAGAAGGCUCCUGUGGACGUUGUGGAAGCGCAAGGCAUUCGCGGUCAGCUCUUCCAGAGGUUUUUCGCAUUGCAGCAUGUCGUCAGUGUUGCCCCCAAUGGGGAGCACCUCAAUCGAGAGUGCAGCCUGUUCACAGAUGAUGGACGCUACGUCAUCGUGGGAUCUGCAUCCUAUGUCCCUGAAGAGCCGUACCCUCAUUUCUACGACGUCUACCGGAACAAUGAAUCUGUGUCUCCGAAUCCACGUUCCCCACUGGAGGACUAUUCCUUGCACCUGGUUGACCUGCAGCUAGGAGUUCUUUGUGACUCCCGGACCUUCAAGUGUGACAAGGUCUUUCUGUCCCACAAUCAGGGCUUGUACCUCUACAAGAACAUACUUGCAGUCCUGUCUGUCCAACAGCAAACUAUUCACAUCUUCCAGGUCACCCCAGAUGGCAAUUUUAUUGAUGUACGGACUAUUGGUCAAUUCUGCUAUGAGGAUGAUGGCCUUGUGCUGUUGGCAAGUCAGGAAGGUGGCCUUCUCCCGCCCCACCCUUCCCUGGCUCGACCCUACCGGGAUACCUCAAUUAACUCCUUGAAGCAUCGUCUCCUUGUGUAUCUGUGGAGGCAAGCCAACCACCAAGGCACCCCAGGAGCCAUGCGCCGCUUCUUCCAAUACUUUGACUACUUCCGCUGGCUGCGCAUGUGGAAGAUCCAACUCCUGGAUGAGAACCAUCUGCUGAUCAAGUAUGCCAGCGAAGACGUUGUGACACUCAGGACUCAGGACCCCAACUCACAGCCUUCCUUCUUUGUUGUCUACAACAUGCUGACCACUGAGGUGGUAGCAGUCUUUGAGAACACAUCAGAGGAGCUCCUGGAGCUCUUUGAGAAUUUUUGUGAUCUUUUCCGCAAUGCCACCCUGCACGCUCAUGCCCAGUUUACAUGUUCUGCGUCCAGCAACAUCUACGCCAGGCAGAUCCAGAGGAGGUUUAAGCACACCAUCAUCAACGCGAGGUACGGUGGACACACAGAGGCUGUCAAGAGGCUUCUAGCCCAGCUCCCAAUAAGCUCGCAGUCAUACAGUAGCAGCCCUUACUUGGACCUCUCACUGUUCAGCUAUGAUGAUAAGUGGGUGUCAGUUAUGGAAAGACCUAAGGCAUGUGGAGAUCACCCAAUCAGGUUCUAUUCUCGAGACUCUGGCAUCUUGAAGUUCAAGAUCCAUGCAGGGAUGCUCGGCCGACCGUCGCCACCCUCAGCCCGCCGCCUUGUUGCUUUCACCUUCCACCCAUACGAGCCCUUUGCAAUAUCGGUCCAGCGCACCAACACGGAGUAUGUGGUCAACUUUCACGUUAGACAUCAGCCCAUUGACUAGAUUUGAUUUGUACCACAGCCAAAUGCUUGUCUGAUCCUCAACCCUCCCAGAUCCUAUAAAUCCGUCAGGAGGUUUAGAGGAAUUUGCAAGACUGAUAAACAAGGAACAGCCAAGUUACUCUUGCGUUACAUGGGGUGUGAUUCCCCUUGAAAUAUAUAUAAAGGUUAUGAAAAAGUCAUGCAGGUUUCCUACACGGCAAUGUUGUAGUUCAGUCCAACACAAGUCCUUUGACAAGUCCCUUCACGAGUCCGUUCAUAACUUCAGUCACAAAAAAAAA